AUGUUACAAUACAUUAUUUUUUUAUUAUAUUGUGUAGAUGCUCUGAUUCCACCUGCAACACUUUCACCAAUAAGCAAUAUCGAUGUAAGAGUGACACCAUUGUUGAAUACCAAAAAGCCGAUAAAUCUAACCGAGAUUAAAGAACCUGAAAUUUUUGGGACAACAGCUACAUUACCCCAAAAAGUAACAUAUUUGCAAACUGGAGAAGACUAUGUUGAAGAAGGAAUGACAGACCCAAUCAAGAGUAAGUACGCUAUAAUUUUAUCGUUAUUAAUCAUAUUCAUUUCAGCAACACUCAUUCCACUGUACACUGUGCAAUUCGUUACAAAAACAACUCAAAAUUCAGCAACAACGUUGAAACCAAUAAAAACUGAUAGUUCAGGUAAAGUUCAGAAGUAUUAGUAAAAUAUUAGAGGAUUGUUUCAGGUCCAACUACACUAAAAAGUGACACAUCAACAAACUUACCUGCUGUCACUUCAAUAACAGGAACUGGUGGAUCAAACAUUUCAACUACAAAACCUAAUAAUUCAUCGAAUGUCACAUCGGUUACGAAACAUGGCAAUUCUUCUUUUCCGAACCAAUCUUCAAAAUCUCCUGGAGCCGGACCAACCGCUUUCACCUCAGUCACAAAAUCUUCUAAGCCAAGUGUUGCUACUUCAAAAAGUUCUCCUAGAAUCACUUCUGUGACAAUUUCUGGUGGUAUCAAUAACUCAUCUUCCAAACCAACAGUUGUUACUUCAUCAAACGGGUCUGGUGUCACAUCGAUUACAAAACCUGGCGAAUCAAAUGGUCAACAAACUUCAAAACCACCUGGUUCACCUCUCGUUUUUUCGUCAAAUACCCCAAGGGUAACUUCGAUUACAAAAUCUGGAGAAUCAUCUCAAACCCCGAAACCACCUACUGUCACCUCAGCACCAAAAUCUAGCGGAUCACAUCAAUCUUCGAGUUCCUCUGGCGUUACUAAAAUUGGAAGCUCUGAUAACUCAUCUCGAUCCUCAAAACCAACUCGAGUCCCGUCAGUUACAAAAUCUAGCGGAUCAGGAAGUUCUUUUCUGCCGAAUAAGUCCUCAAAACCUCCUGGAGCAGGCUCAUCCAUCUCCACUCCGGUCACAAAGUCUGGAGCCGGAGCCAGUUCCAAAAGUCAAUCUUCGAACUCGCAUGCAGUAACUUCGUCCGCUGGUGUCACAAAACCUGGCAGUUCGGGUUCUAGUUCUGAUCGAACACCGUCUUCAAAACCUACAGGUGUUACUUCAUCACACGGAUCUGGUCAACAAACUUCAAAACAACCUGCUUCGCCUCGUGUUUCUUCGUCAAAUUCCCCCAGGGUAACUUCGAUUACAAAAUCUGGAGGAUCGUCUCAAACCCCGAAACCACCUGCUGUUGCUUCGGUAACAAAAUCUAGCGGGUCAGGAAGUUCUUCCCUUCCCAAUAAAUCAACAAAACCUCCCGGAGCAGGCUCAACGGGUUCGGUUCCAAAACCUGGAGGAUCUGGUGGAUCAGGUGGUUCAAAUGACCAAAAUCAAUCUUCGAAUUCUUCUGGAGUAACUUUGCCAAAUGGCGCUAAUGUAACUACAGUUACAAGAUCUGGCGGAUCGAGUACCAGUUCUGUAUCUUCAAAUGGCGAAAAACCAUUUGAUUGGGACAAUUACACCAACGCGCCCCACUCAUCAAACAUUGAAAUCACACAUGGUAAAACAUGAAAGCCUAACUAUCAAAAAAAUCGAAUAAAUUUCAGAAACUCACACCGAUUCGUUUGCCAGAAUUCUAAAGAAUCUUCACCGUUCUGGAAGAUAUCGCAAUGUUCUUGUGAUUCCGGCGCUUGUUGUUCGAGACCAGAACAAUGACAAUAUUUUGUUCAUGGACGAAUCGGAAGCUGUUACUGGUUAUGAGUUUCUGGAGUCGAAGUACGGGGUGAGUUUUGAUAGACAUAAAUAGAUUGAAAGAGAAGAUUGAUAAAAUUUGAAACUUACAGAAAGCACUUCUACGAAAACUGAUAAAAAGCAAGGGAUACUAA